CCAUUCUGCGCCUGCGCACGGGCGGAGGCGCGUCGGAGACUCGCUGGAGCGGGCAGGUGGAGGGAGGAGUGGUCCCGGGAGUAACAGCCAGGAGUUGGUGCGCCACAGGAGAUGAUACAUGGGGUCUCAGCACUCCUCUGCCCUCACAUUUUGUCAACGAAAGAAGGAUGACAAUCCGGAGGACUUGCUGGCUGAAAGAGAUCAGGAGGAAGCCAUCGCUCAGUUUCCCUAUGUGGAGUUCACUGGGAGAAAUAGCAUCACCUGUCACACCUGCCAGGGAGCAGGCUACAUCCCAGAAGAGCAAGUCAAUAAGUUGGUGGCUUUGAUCCCCCACAGUGACCAGAGGUUGCGUCCUCAGAGAACGAAGCAGUACGUCCUCCUGUCGGUCCUGCUGUGUCUCCUGGCAUCUGGCCUGGUGUUCUUCUUUCUGUUUCCACACUCAGUCCUUGUGGACGAUAAUGGCAUCAGAGUGUCGAAUGUCACUUUUAAUAAACAGGACUCCCUUGUGGUCCUCGAUGUGACGGCCACCCUGAAAAUCAGGAACUUCAACUUCUAUCCUGUGGCCGUGACCAACCUGUUCAGCCAGGUUCAGUACAUGAAGGCUGUGGUUGGCUCAUACACGGCUGCGAAUGUCUCGCUCAUUCCCCCUCGGAGUGAGCACCUGGUGAAUUUUACGGUGAAGGCUGAGGUGGGAGGACCGUCUUCCUAUGUAUACUUCUACUGCACACUUCCUGCCAUCCUGGUACACAACAUUGUGAUCUUCAUGAGGACUUCUGUGCAGAUUUCAUACAUUGGCCACACAUCCCAGAGCACCCUGGAGACGCAGCACUACGUGGAUUGUGGGGAGAAUUCCACAGCCGUUCAGAGCCUGCUCUUAGUUCCCUGGGGGCCACACCUAUAGAAGGAAGCCUAACAUCUGUCCCUGUGGCUGGCCCAGUGCAUCUUCCCAUGCACCUGGUGUUUUUCUCUUGGAACCAACAAACCCACUGCCCAGUGCCUCGUCUGUGCCCAGUGUAUAGUUAGCGCUCAACCUCAGGCUGAAGAACCGGAUUCCGAUAUUCUGGCUGCUCUUGAGUCGUUAUAAGUUGAGAUGAACCAGGGUUCUAGGUUUUCAGACCCGAGUAACACGAAGGUAGGAUGCUCGUGCAGCUGCAAACUCGGUGUGAGAAGCACCAGCAGGGCAGGGUGUCCAGGACACCCGUGAAGAGCCCCCCUCAGUGGCUGCCUUUGCAUCUGCUGCCUAAUACCCACCCCCACCCCCACCCCCUUCUCCCCCCAGCUUUUCAGAAAGGUUUUGGCAUUUCUUUUCCUUCCCAUACAAAGUGAUUAGUUUUCCCCCAAGGGUCUACUGAAGGGCUUGACGGACCUUUGAUCCACUGGCUGGAUAUUGGAUUGGGAAUUUGAUAGAGGAAUAAACGCUGCUUUUGAUUGAUCCGCA